GGGGUAGGGGGGGUUUACGCAAACGACUCCAGUGUGAUCCGACAGGCCAUGUGGACGUCUCUGGAUAUCUGUUGAGUUUCCUCAGUUUUUUCUCUCUCAACAACUUAACGGUAAGAAGUGCUUUGGCGGUAACGGAUUAGAAAUGUGUCGUUUCUGAGAUCGGCGCGUCCGUCCGAGUGUCAUCUCUCUUCUUGUCCCGCAACCUUUCUUGUUCUCUCCCUUCCCAGGGGGGAAAGAUGGAACAGCCUCACCAUUAGCGUCCAGUCGAUGAACAGUGCCAUCAUUUUUGCUGUGCGCGUUCCACUGAAGAUCCUCUAUCUUACACUCAACCCAGUGACAACCAUCGUUUGCUGAACUCGUCAACACUCCCACUGUUGCAGGGAUGGAAAGAGGAAUCGUGAUAAAAGAUGACUGGCCGGGUCACAGUCUGGACCUGUUCACCUACCCAGAGCACUACCACGAGGACAUGGAGAGUGUCUACAUUCCACACGGGGUGAUCAUGAACAGGAUCGAGCGGCUGGCCCACUACGUCAAGGACGACUUCGGGGACGACGGCAUCAUGGUGCUGUGCGUCCUGAAGGGGGGCUACAAGUUCUGCUCGGACCUGGUGGAGUUCAUCAAGGUGCUCGGCCGCAACUCCAACAAGUACACGGAGACGCGCGUGGAGUUCAUCCGCCUGAAGAGCUACCUGAAUGACCAGUCGACAGAGGACCUGCACAUCAUAGGAAGCAGAGAUCUGUCCUUUCUGCGUGGAAAGAGCGUGCUCAUUGUCGAGGCCAUCGUCGACACGGGGAAGACCAUGAAGGCCCUCCUGCAGCACGUGGGGACCUUUGAGCCCAAGAUGGUCAAGGUCGCGGGUCUGCUGGUGAAGAGGGUGCCUAACAUGGCCCAACACUUGACGGACUAUGUCGGAUUCGAGAUCCCCAACCGCUUCGUCGUGGGCUACGCGCUGGACUACAACGAAUACUUCCGUGACCUGAACCACAUCUGUGUUAUCAGCAAGACUGGAAAAAUGAAGUACAAGAUUUGAGAGGAAUUAAAACCUGCGAGCGAUGCCCAGUUUCACAUCAGCGGCACAGAACUUUCCACAAGUAUUUUUUUUUAUGUGUUUCAGAAAAGGUUCAAGCAAGUAUAUUUGAUAUGUCAAAACUGAAAGAAUAUCCCUUUUCUCUUUUGAAAGAACUUUAGAAUUAAAAAAACAAAACCCAUGUGAUCUAA